GAGGAGGCGGCGCCAGCAAAGCUCACACACCUCGGAGGAUCGGAGAAUCGGCGCCCACAGGUCAUUGGCUGAUGUGUAGGGAAAGCGUUGCAAUAAGUUCAGAAGAGUAGAAGCAAAAACACCAGUUUCAAGAAGUGGUCCAGAGUGGAGAUGGCUGCCCAGAGGUUAAUUUCUAACAGAACGUCUCAGCAGUCUGCAGCUAAUUCUGACUACACCUGGGAAUAUGAGUACUACGAGAUUGGACCUGUUUCCUUUGAAGGACUGAAGGCUCAUAAAUAUUCCAUUGUGAUUGGAUUUUGGGUUGGUCUCGCAGUCUUCGUGAUUUUCAUGUUUUUUGUGCUGACUUUGCUGACCAAGACAGGAGCCCCACACCAAGACAACACAGAGUCUUCGGAGAAGAGGUUCAGAAUGAACAGCUUUGUGUCAGACUUUGGGAGACCUCUGGAACCAGAUAAAGUGUUUUCUCGCCAGGGCAACGAGGAAUCCAGGUCUCUCUUUCACUGCUACAUCAAUGAAGUGGAACACUUGGAAAAGGCCAAAGCUUGUCCCCAGACCACAGCCCUCGACAGUGACGUUCAGCUCCAGGAAGGUGUCCGAAGCAGUGGGCCGCCCGAGGAGGAGCUGAACAGGCUCAUGAAAUUUGACAUCCCCAACUUCGUGAACACGGACCAGAACUCCUCCUUUGGGGACGAUGAUCUUUUGAUUUCAGAGCCGCCUAUUGUUCUAGAAAAUAAGCCAGUUUCCCAGACGUCACACAAGGACCUGGACUGAGAAACACACUCCGUAGUAUCUUCCUGAAUAUUGUGGGGUGUGUUUGUGUAGCAAGAAAUCCACAUUCACCAAAAUUGUGUGUGUGCGUGCACAUGUGAGAGAGCAGAGAACCAGAGAGAGAUGGGAAGACAAGGAGAGAAGGCUGCCUCUGCAGAGAGCUGAUUAAGCUCAGUUUUUAUGCCUUUAAACACAUUUGAGGCUUUUGAGGGAAUAAAGCAUUUAUGCUGUCUCAUCUUUCUUGGUGAGAAACUUGGCCACAUACUCAGUGUCAUUGUUCUUGAAGGGGGGUUACUGUUCGGUGUCCCAUCCUGGCCCUGCCUCUACCAUGCUUUACCUUCAGCAGUUUGCUUUACUUCUCUGGGCUCCCACAUUUUUGCUGUAAGACAAGGAGUUUGGAGCAGACGAUCCAUCCCGGCUCUAAUAUUUUGUGAAUUAAUGAGGCUGCAUCCAGACAAGGUUGGGGUAGACACAAAGCUGUAUAAACUAGGGCACUGGCUCCUAUUUCUUACUGUAGGACCCCCAAAUUUCUAUGCUUUUCACUCAACCCUUCACUGACUCAGCAUUUGCCAGGGGCCCGAGUGUCUACCAGGAUGUCAGGACCCUCGUCUGACAUAUCACUGUGGGCAACGUUUCUGUUGGUUGUGCUCAAACAGCUCUUCUGAGAACCUCUGGCCACCCAUGUGCAAAUUUGGGGACACGCCUACCCCCUGCCCAGGAGUGCGUAUCAGUCUGUGCUGCAUCUCACGGUACUCCUGUCCCCAAGAAAUGGAAGGGCGGUUGUCAGCUAAGUCAGGGAGGUGACUUGAGUGUCUAUCUGUGUCUGGUCACACUUGUGCUAUUGGCCACCAACUGAGUUAAGUGCUACUUGUGAUGCUGUCUAUUUACUCUGCAGAUGUGUGGGUGACCAUCGCCUGGCUAGUAUGUGGCUUUGAGCUGAGAUGGUGAGUGGGUUGUAAAUAGGCCACCAACAGUUGCGCAGGUUGGCCUGGUACAACAGAGUAAGCCUGCACACUGGUAUCAGAAAUAAUUUGGCUUUACACACCCAGGUCGCACGCAUGGCCUGCUGCCAGUCUCUGGGUGGCAUUUUUAUUAUGAUUUUGUUCACCACCUGUCUUGC